AUGGAAACCUUGAAGGUCUGCAUCCCAGCUUUCGCAUAUGCCAUCCAGAAUAACCUCUACUAUAUCGCUCUGGCCAACAUUGAUGCCACUACUUACACGGUCACUUAUCAGCUACGCAUACUGACAACAGCUUUAUUGUCCGUCAUGAUGCUUGGAAAGGAGAUUUCUAGAUGUCAGUGGGGAGCACUGAGCUUGUCCGGAUUUGGCGUCAUCCUUGUACAAGUGAGUUUCUCUAUACGAGUGGUUCUGAUUCUCAUUCUAUUCGGUAAUAACAUUAUUUGA